UCAUUGUGCAGCAACAGAGGAGCGCAUGCGCAGCACAUCACGGUAAAUACACCAGUGUUGAAACUUUGCGGAUAACUGCGUUGCACUGCUGAGCGGCGUUCCCAUGAGAAACCAAACGGAGUUAAAGCGUUUCCAAUGCGGUGGUUCGGAUUUGGCUUCAACGCAUUUGGACAGAUAUAUGUCCAUGAUAAGUUAAUUAAAGGAGAGUGUAGCGACGCUGUCAAGCAAGUUAAAGUGAUUAGCCCGACAGAGCUAGCUAGUCAUGUGGACAGAAGCGACUGCUGCUUGAAGACUGAUGGUCAAAUUAGAGCAAGUUGGAGUCGAAGAGCAUCUUUGCAUUUGGGUGGUGACAGCUGUGUGUGCCUAGGAGGUUUUGGGGCAGUCAUCGCCAGCGAGUCCUGUGGUAUUUCUAUGAAAGAGACCCCUGGCUGUAAAGAUGCCUUCAUCAGUGAGUUGUACUUGACCCUCGCUUUCCCGGACAGAAUUGAGUCCUGGGAUCUGCAAAAAAAAGAGAAGACCCCAUCAUGGAGCAUGGAAAUAAAAACAGAGAGCUCCGGACCCCCUUUGAAUCUCCCAUUGGUCCCUGGGGGUUACAUAGCCACAAAACCGCCCUUCUACCGCCCCUUAUCACCACAGCUGAAAGCCAAGAGUCUGGCACUCAGUGCAGAGCAUGCUAUCCUUCUCAGUGCCUCUGGAGCUGUGUACACAUGGGGACUGGGCAGCCAUGGUCAGUUGGGGCAUGGAGACCUCACCUCUGAGGAGCAGCCCAGGGCAGUGGAGGCACUCUGGGGGAUGCCCAUGAGCUGUGUAGCUACAGGAGGCUGGCACUCUGUCUGCAUUAGUGACGGGGGUGACCUUUAUGUGUGGGGCUGGAAUGAAAGUGGCCAGCUUGGACUUCCAUCACGAGGUCUGAGGAAAGCACCGCAGCAGCAAAGUAGCCAACAAGCAGGAACACCGUGCCAAGAUGCCAGCACAUUUCCUGCUGAAGAGCCACGGGAGGGAGAGAAACAUGAAGAUGUAUUCAUAUCGAUCCAAGCAUUCCCGGCUCUGCUAGAUAUCACUCCAUCAUGUGAGAUCAGGGCAGUCAGCUGUGGCUGCCGCCACACAGCUGCAGUAACAACCACAGGUGACCUCUACACUUGGGGCUGGGGUGACUACGGCCAACUUGGACACCAGACUUUAAUCAGUUCAGAUGAGCCCCAGCUUGUGGAGUUCUUCAGGGAGCAGCAGAUGCGUGUGGUUGAUGUAGUGUGCGGGGCGUGGAACACUUUUGCUGCUGUCGUCAAGGAAGAAGUAGCUUGCUCUUAAAAAUACUAUGGAAUCCCCUUGAUAAAUGUGGACUUUGGACAACAUACCAGGUGUACACCAAGUGUAAAUUAUCACAACAAAUAGGAGACUUUGAAUUAAAUGUGUAAUUUGUUACAUAUAUAUAUAUAUAUAUAUAUAUAUAUACACAUAUAUAUUAGAUCUUUUCAUUUGUUUACAUAAAGAAAGAAACUUUGUAAAUGAGUAGUUUUUGGAAAUAUUUUUAAUUUUUUAAAAAAUCACAGGUUUUAUAUUUCACAAAUGAUACAACAGUUAAGGCAGUAAAAUCCACAGGUAAAUAUAAUUUAAGGCAAAUAUCUAAAAUUGUUCUAACUGAAAAUUAAACACCAUAUGGGAGUUAAAGGGUAAUGCAUUGCCACCGCCUGCUACAGGUCUUCACAGCACAAUCUUGAAAGAACUG